UCGCAAUCGUAGCAGAUUUGCUUUUUGGUAGGCUCUAGCAACGGCAGCAAGUUCAGCUCACGCCACGAAUCUGAAGAUACCGUAGUCCUAACCCAACGAUCUCCUCAUCUCGCCUCUCCUCAACUUCUUGAAGCAGCCCUCCUCCAUGGGCGUCAGUCUGUCUGAGCUCUUCACGCUCGGCUCCGCGGGAACUCGCCGCCAGAGCCGCCAUCAUGAUUCCGACCCCGCCCACCCGGACGCCUUAUCCAAGAAACGCAGGAUCAUCGAAAAUCUUAACUUUCCCCCGUCGCACGCCGCAUUCGACGCCAAUGCGCCUGCCCCCGUAACCGCGCCCGUGCCCGCGCUCCCGUCGGCUAACCCUUUCGUUUCCCCCGCUGCCGCCGCCGCCGCCGCCGCCGCCCCAGAAUGCGCGCCCAAGCAGAUAGACUUCUUCAAGGCGCGGGCGGACUCGGACGCGCUGCCCGGGGCAGAAGAAACUUCCGACGGGCCGUCGCUGACCGACCUGGGAGAGGAUCUUCUGCUAAAGAUUCUCCAGGAGGGGCAGCCGACGGCGUGGGACCUAUGCCGGUACGCGUGCGUGAACGCCACGUGGCGGAAGCUGUGCUACAGCCGGGUGUUCUGGACCAAGCUGCGCAUCGGCCCGGGCAGCAUGCACGCAGGCGUCGAGCAAUUGGCUCCGCGUUGCGCGCAGCUGACGGACUUAUUUAUCGACGACCCGCGCUGCGAGCUGCACGUGCUGCACCCGAUUAUAGUCUCGUGCGGCGAGUCGCUACGCCAUGUGGUCAUCGACUGCGAUCAGGAUAGCACGAGCCGGAACGAAGCGUCGAUCUGCAGUAUUCUAUGGAUUAUUUCGCUUUAUUGCAAGCAGGUUCAGAGCAUCGAGCUGACGUCAGCGGGUGUAGAGACGUCGUUCGGGGCGCUUGAGACGCGGUGCAUGUGGUAUCUCACUUCGGGCUUCCGAAACGUGCGACACUUCGCGAGUCUUUCGCGAAACAGUGUAACGAAGCAGGCGAUUUACCUCAUGGUGAUCGCGUGGAGGGAUCUGACGUGCCUUCGAAUUCACAACGGCGCGCUCGAGGUCGACGAUCUCUUCGCCCUUCGCAAAUGCGCGGGCUUGCGACUUCUGGAGCUCGUCGGUGGGUCGAUCCAAACCCCCGGCGCUCUCGCGAACAGCUGCCCGUUCGCAGCAGCGUCCGGCGCAACUGUUUUCCAUCGCGAGCUUGAAGUUUUAGUGCUGACCGACGUGGAUUUCGACGCGGGGGCAGUUGCAACGAUCGCGCUGCACUGCCCGAAGCUGCGAAAAAUCAUCGUGAAGGGCGUCUGCUGCCACGCGUGCGGGAGCAAGGUUGCGCGGGGGGGACCCGAGGGUGACAAAGCUGCGGAGGCUGCGAGCGCUUGUGCGAAGCAAAAGGUCGCGCUUCUGCGACAAAUUCUGUCGCUGGCCGACAGGUUGGAAGUUGUGAUGCAGUGAUACGCGUUACGGGGAUCUUCGGUAAGAGGGAGGGUUUUGGAACAGAGGGCAUCUACCAUCCAGGUGCUGAUGCUGCUUGUGUAGGGGGGUCUCAUCAUUGGCAAGUUGAGCUAGGAUAGCCUAUUUAUAGCAUUUUCUUUCCAUGUGUCCAACCGUUUGUGACUGACGAAUUCAGAUCAGAACCCUGUGAACCGAUUGGUCCAGCAGCUCCCCGUGAAAGCGUCCAGGUCUGGGGGAUUGAGGUUGAC